CUGCAUUCACUGGACAUGUCUUAUUUGUUUUUUGGUUAACCCUGGCAUUUCUUAUUCCAGAUGCAGGUCGCCUGCCCUUAGAUCGACCAUCUAAUGACUCUCAUAUGAAAGAAGCAGAUGCAGUGCCAGAACCAACCUCCCAGCCUCAAAGCAAAUUGCUGAAACCUAUUUGGGAGGUGCCCCCUCCUGGUUCUAAAAUUCCACACCUGAAGAGCUUUAAACUGACAAAGGAACUAGUUCAGCAAAGAGUGAAGAAUAAUGUUGUAGUAGUGACCUUUGGUAACUUUGCUUUCAUGGAUUUCAUCCUGACUUGGGUUAAACACUUGACAGAUUUGGGUGUUGAUAACCUUCUCAUUGGUGCCAUGGACACAAAACUGUUAGAGGCUCUUUAUUGGAAAGGCAUUCCAGUUUUUGAUAUGGGUAGUCAUAUGAGCACAAUAGAUGUUGGUUGGGGCUCUCCAACAUUUCACAAAAUGGGGAGAGAAAAGGUUAUUUUGAUAGAUUCUAUCUUACCUUUCGGCUUUGAAUUACUGAUGUGCGACACUGAUAUGGUCUGGCUAAAGGAUCCUCUUCCAUAUCUUGCACGUUUCCCUGAAGCAGAUGUGUUAACUUCUAGUGAUCAAGUCGCACCUACAGUUUUCGAUGACAGAUUGGACGUUUGGCAACAAACUGGUGCUGCCUACAACAUUGGAAUUUUUCAUUGGAGGCCAACAGAUUCUUCAAAAAAGUUGGCCAAAGAAUGGAAAGAAAUGCUUCUAGCAGAUGAAACGAUAUGGGAUCAAAAUGGUUUCAAUGAGAUCAUUCGCAGGCAGCUGGGGCCAUCCGUUGAUGAAGAUAGUGGACUUGUUUAUGCUUAUGAUGGAAACCUCAAACUGGGACUUCUCCCAGCGAGCAUCUUUUGCAGUGGACAUACGUACUUCAUCCAGGCUAUAUAUGAACAACUCAAAUUGGAGCCCUAUGCUGUACAUACCACUUUUCAAUAUGCUGGUACUGAGGGGAAGCGCCAUCGGCUGCGUGAAGCUAAGGUUUUCUACGAUCCACCAGAAUACUAUGAUUCUCCAGGAGGAUUCUUGAUAUUUAAACCAUCUAUUCCCAAGAGCUUGUUAUUAGAUGGCAAGCAUAACGUAGAGUCACACUUCACUCUGGUUAAUUACCAAAUCAAACAAAUAAGGACUGCACUUGCCAUUGCUUCAUUAUUGAACCGUACACUGGUAAUGCCUCCACUAUGGUGCAGGUUGGAUAGAUUGUGGUUUGGACAUCCUGGGGUUUUGGUGGGCACUUUGACAAGGCAACCAUUUAUAUGUCCAUUGGAUCAUGUGUUUGAGGUUAAUGUAAUGUUGAAGGAAUUUCCGGAGGAGGAAAUGGGGCCAAAGAUUAAUUUUAGGGAAUAUUCUUUCUUUGAAAACCCACUUUUGCCCCAGAAGGUAAAAGAGUCAUGGCUUGACGUGCAUCUUUGUCAAGAGGGGUCACAAGGUUGUCAAGUUUCAAACACUACAAGUCAAGUGGGAGUUCUCAAGUUCCCUAAGCGCAGUACUGAAGAAACGUUUAAGACAAUAUUCUCAUCAUUCAAGGAUGUUAAAGUCAUUCAGUUCUCAUCAAUGCAAGGUGCAUUUUUAGGUUUCACAGACAAGAAACGGGAGGAAAAAUUCAGAAAUCGAAUGAAACGGUAUGUGGGCAUUUGGUGUUGCGUGGAGGAUCACACUCCGGGUCACAUAUAUUAUGACAUGUAUUGGGAUGAGAAGCCCGGUUGGAAACCAAUUCCUCCCCAAACGCCACAAGAGGAUCAUCCUCCUUGGUAAGGCUCGACCCAAUGUUUGUAUAUGCUGCUACGCCAUUGUCGUUGGGAAGUGGAGAGAUAGAAGCCACGGAAUAUUUGUAGCUGUUCCAUAUGCCUAACACCCAUUCUUUACAUCAAGAGACAUCUAUCCAUAUUUAUCGUUGUUGUAUCUUAAUAUUUAUCUACAAAAGUAAUGUUACUCAUCAUCACUGAUGUUAGACAUCUGUCUAUGUGGUAACUACAUGGCAUUAAAUGAUAGAUUCAUUUAAAUGCAACUUCACAUGAUUCAUUUAAUUAAACAUGUCGAGUGUGGUCAUCUAGACUGAU